AUGGCCCGCGGUAGGCCUCGAAAAGGCGACGCGCGACCUCGAGGAGAGGGCUCUAGAAGGCGCUCUCCUCGGUCGCCAUCCCCGCGACGACGCCCGUCAAGCCCAUCCGGACGCGACCGCUAUGGGGAUGGUAGAAUGAUCGGAGGCGACAGUUGGCGCCCAAUCAAUGGGCGACAAGGCGAGCAGCGUCGUAUCUCCGAUUUCUUCGACCGUGCAGACAACGGUUCAUUCAAGCCUCCCCAGGGCGACUUCACUUUCCGCUUCGAUAAGCCAGCUGGCGUAGCUGAGCUCCCCCCUCCCUCGUUUAACAGCCAUCGUAAGGAUAAUAGAGGACCUCGUCGAGAUGGCCGAGACGGACGGGAUGGGCGAGGGGGACGGGGGCGUGGACGAGGGGGACGACGCUGGGCACCCCCUCAUUUGUCCGAGCGUGCCCUCCUCUCCAACUCCAUGCACAACCUUCCGGAAGAAAGCCUCAUCGAUAACGACGCUGCGGCAAAAUUCCGGAACCUCGAUGAUCUCACUGACGAAGACGAAGAGCAAGGUAUGGACAUUUCUUCCGAUUCUGAAGCCGACGACCUCGAUUACGACUCCGAUUCCCAAGAGCCUGCAAAGAAGCGUGUCAAGACCUCCGCCGCCACGAACGGCGAGAUGCCAAACUCUACACCGAAGUGGUCUAACCCUGACCCUUACACUGCUCUCCCAUGCCCUGAUGAGACGCAGGGCAAGAAGAAGGACGUGGUUGCGCUGAUCCGGAAAGCGAGAAACGACGCUGCACAGAACCUGGCUGCUCCUCCAGACGUAGAAGACUUUAUUGCGUUUGACUCGAGUAGCGACGAAGGUGAAGCGGAAGGUGAGGACGAGCCCCCGCCUCCGCCUCCUCCCCCCCGCGUCUCACCUCCUCCUCCGCCACCUACACAACCCCGCCAGGCAGACUUCAAAGUGAAAGGCUCGUCAUUACCAGCUGCCCCAAGUUCCGUUCCCCCUCCUCCAACCGGACCAAAAAGCCAGCGCCCCAAUGUCUACAACGUCGACUCCCGAAACGAUCUAGGGUCCCGAAAACGUACAGCAGACGACGAGAUCAAGCCGCCGGAUUACGGGCAGCUCAAGAAAGCCAACAUGCGGCCGGCCAACGGUGCUAUCGUUGAGGAUUGGGCUAUCGUGAAUGGUGAAAUACCGUGCCCUUGGGCCACGGAUGAUCACUCCGACACAGCUAACCCAGCUUUCCGUCUACAUCAAGAAGUGAUGGAUUUUUACAACUUCGUUCGCCCACGAAAGUUUGAGCAGAAGAUUCGCGAAAACCUAGUCGAAAACCUGAGACGAGCUAUGCGCCGUGAUGGUAGGAACUUUGCUAGUGCCACUGUUCAUCCAUUUGGCUCUUUCAUGUCGGAACUCUACCUGCCAACAGCUGACAUGGAUCUUGUUAUUUGCUCGGCCAGUUUCUCGCGUGGUGGUCCACCUACUUACUUGAGCGCCAAAAAUUGGCUCUACAAAUUCAGGAAGCUCUUGACUGCGCAGAAGGUCGCAGAGGACGAUGCGAUCGAGGUCAUUGCCCACGCUCGCAUUCCCUUGGUCAAGUUCGUUGAUAAAGCCACUGGCCUCAAGGUUGAUGUUUCUUUCGAGAAUCUCGGCGGUGUUGAGGCAGUAGACACCUUCCUGGCCUGGAAGGCAGCUUAUCCCGCCAUGCCAAUUCUUGUUACUGUCAUCAAGCAUUUCCUCCUCAUGCGAGGCCUCAAUGAGCCUGUGAACGGAGGCAUUGGAGGAUUUUCCGUCAUCUGUCUGGUCGUCAGUAUGUUGCAACUCAUACCUCAAGUGCAGAGUCGAAACUUGGUGCCCGAACACCACCUCGGAGAGAUGUUGCUCGAGUUUUUCCAGCUCUAUGGUCGCAACUUUGAGUACGAGAAAAACGCAAUUUCUUUAACAGGCAGGCGUAUUGGCUAUAUCCGCAAGUCGGACGUGUCGAGCUUGACCUACAGAAAUAGCGGGCGCUUUUCCAUCAUCGACCCAAACAAUGCGUCCAACGACAUCUCGGGCGGUUCCUCCAACACGCGUUCUAUCGUAGCUAGGUUCGACGAAGCCUACUCACUUCUCAAUGAAAGAAUCAGGUCGAUCGGCAAGGGUCGAGCCACUGGUGGUAUCCUUGAUGUGAUUUUAGAGGGCAACUACUCAUCCUUCCGAAAGCAAAGAGACUUUCUCCGACAUACGCACGAGAAGACUAUCGGUCCCUGCUCGGAUUAA